AUGAUUUCAUACCAGCUGAUGAUAGCUUGUCUUCUGAUAUCUUUGUUGGUACAUGUUUAUGGAAACUUAAUAUCUGCUUCUAGAAAUGCAUUGGAAUCAAAACACAAAAGCAGCUGUCAAGUGUGUGACUGUGUUGGCCUCACUGCCGAUUGCUCAUCAAGAAAUAUUGCGUCAUUGCCACAAGAGUUACCAAGAGAUAUAACAGUCCUUAGACUAUAUAAUAAUUGCAUAACUCAUUUGCCUGAUGGGUUGUUAGGACAACUAUAUCAGAACUUGGAAGUGUUGGACAUUGAUCUGAACAAAAUAGCUAUUUUUGGAAACCAUACAUUUACUGGACUUGUAAAUCUGCAGUAUCUUAUGAUAGGUAAAAAUCCUUUCAAACCAGAGUCUUUUCACAAACUUGUUUACAAGCCAUUGGAAAAUAUACGCACAAUUCAAGUCAAUGGUCUGGGGGAUGAAUCAAAACUUGAUUCCAGAAUAGCUUUAUUUGAUGCAUUUGAAGGUCUACAAAAUUCAACAAUUGAGGCGAUCAUAUAUAAACAAAUUACCCUCAUGCCCUUUGUGCUAGAAAACAAACAUUUGCGAUAUUUCAAACACUGCCAUUUGAAGAAGAUGGUUCUAGCAGAAAAUGGAAUAUUUGCAACUGAACCUGGGUUUUCCCACAAUAUGCCCCAAUUAGAAAUGAUAGAUUUGUCAAGUAAUAUAUUACGAGGGAGAUUUCCAGGGACCAAUAUAUUUUUGACAUUUAUUUGAUGAGA